AUGGAUCCGCAGAAUCGGCCAGCUCAAUCGCACCCUCAGCAGAACCGCUCAGCACCGGUUUAUGAUCCGAGCCAAGGCGGCCACUAUGCUUCCCAAGGCUUCGCUCCAGCUGAGCUUUACACUGGGCCCUGGGCCAAUGUUCACCAAGGCUUGACUGGCCAGUACAAAGACAUUCUGACGACAUACUGGCAGCAGACGAUUACCCAUUUGGAGAGCGAUAACCAUGAUUAUAAAAUUCAUCAGCUGCCUCUCGCACGCAUCAAAAAAGUGAUGAAAGCUGAUCCAGAGGUGAAGAUGAUCUCGGCCGAGGCUCCGAUACUUUUCGCAAAGGGAUGUGACAUCUUCAUUACGGAACUCACCAUGCGCGCCUGGAUACAUGCAGAAGAAAACAAGCGGCGAACGCUUCAGCGCUCUGACAUCGCGUCUGCCCUUGCCAAGUCGGACAUGUUUGACUUCUUAAUCGAUAUCGUCCCUCGAGAGGAGGCCUCAUCUCACGCUAAGAGGACUACUGCUCAAACAGGGACUGCUCCUCAGGCCACCCACCCUGGCCCAGGCCAGAGCCAGAUUCCUGGGCAACAUGGCAACAUGGGCCAAACGCCCAAUCACGCCACUCACCCCAUGGCCCCAGCUGACUACAUGGGUGGCCAUCAUCUCCCAGCCGAACCGGACUAUCGGCAAAACCCCAACAUAUAUCCUGGCCAGGUUCCCUCAGCUCCAACAGCACCUUACGGCCAAGCCCAAGCGCCGGCGUCAAUGUAUGGAGAGAUAGAAGGAAUGUACCCGUAUUCUGCGAUGCAGCCUCAGCAGGCGCCCAUGUCCUCCGAAGAAUUUGAAUGA